AUUCACUUAAAAGAAGUUUUGAAUUCAAAUAACAAUUUUAGCCAUUUAUUUUGGAGUUCAGUAAUAUUUUUCAGAGUAUUGCUCAGCUCUGCUGCCAUCCACAGCAUAUUAAAAUAUCUUGCAGAGAAUGCGUCGUCCCUCGCAUGCGAAUCUUCGUAUCGUUCAAUGAUCAAAUUUCGUACCUUUUCUAGAACAAUGGUUUUUUUGAGCGAAAGUUGGAAAGUGAAUGGUCUGGCCAUUUUAAUUGUCAGUUUAACACUACUUUAUUUCUUUCUCAAGCGAACUUAUUCGUAUUGGGAACGAAAUGGUUUCAAAACAUUGCCAAAUUAUAACUAUAUCUUGGGCCACUUCAAAGAGACAUUGGCGCAAAAAGAAUUUGUAGGCGAUUUUAUAGCAAGAUUGUAUAAUAGUACAAGUGAACCGUUUGUGGGAAUCUAUAGCAUUCUUCGUCCAAUAUUGUUGGUGCGUGACCCAGAGCUGAUUCGUUUGAUUUUAAUCAAGGAUUUUUCACAUUUCACCGAUCGCGAUGUUCAUUGCAAUGAAGAAUACGAUCCAUUAUCAGGUGUGCUAUUUUCGUUGCCUGGCAAAAGAUGGAAGAACAUACGAACGAAAUUGACCCCAGCAUUUUCAUCUGGUAAAUUGAAAGCAAUGUUUGGCACUUUGCAUGAUUGUGGUUCAACUAUGCAAAACUAUUUGGAAAAGUAUGCCGAUAACGAUAAAGUCUUGGAAGUACGCGAUCUUGCAGCUCGUUACACCACCAAUGUUAUUGCAUCUGUUGGCUUUGGCUUGGAUAUUGAUUCAAUUGGCGAUCCAAAUAAUGAUUUUCGUGUUUAUGGUGCGCAGGUGUUUGAACCAAGCAUUAGCAAUGCCAUUCGUUGGUUCUUCUUUUUCAUUGCCCCCAAAAUAAUGUCCGUUUUACGCAUUCACGUUGUUAAUUCCAAAGUUGAUCAUUUUGCGCGUUCAAUAACCCGCCAGAAUUUGGAAUAUCGCGAGAAAAACAAUAUCGUUCGCAAAGAUUUCUUUCAACUUUUAAUUCAAAUCCGUAACGCGGGAACCGUUCAGUUGGAUGAUGAUGACUGGUCAGUCGAAUCUAAUCAAAAGAAAACAUUGUCUGAAAAUGAGAUUGCAGCGAUAGCAUUCAACUUCUUUGCAGCGGGAUUUGAAACGUCAUCGACCACGUUAUCGUUCUGUUUAUACGAACUAAGUAAGCAUCCAGAAAUCCAGCAACGUGUCCACAAUGAAAUUGAUAGGGUUUUGAAGGAGCACGACGGUAAAAUAACAUUUGAAUCAAUUUCGGAUAUGAAAUAUCUUGGAAGAUGUUUUGAUGAAACUCUGCGUAUGUAUCCUACACUCCCAAUUAUAAAUCGAACUUGUACCAAAGAAUAUCGAAUUCCUGGUACUAAUAAAGUGAUUGAAAAAGGAACUCCGGUAUAUAUUCCAGUUAUUGCACUUCAAAUGGAUGAUAAGUACUACGAUGAACCGAAAAUCUUCAAUCCAGAUCGUUUCAAUGAGGAAAACACAGUGGGGAAGAAUAUUGUAAAUCGACCAUAUCUUUCUUUUGGUGACGGUCCCCGUAAUUGUAUCGCGGCAAGAUUGGGGAAAAUUCAAACAAAAGUCGGACUCGUUAUGAUGCUACAAAAGUUUCGCUUUGAAUUGCCCGAUCAAUACAAAAAUGACGAAAUUAAAUUCAGCCCAAAGACGUUCCUCAUAGCACCAUUUGAUGGAAUCAAUUUGCAUGUUUUUAAGCGAAACGCUUUUUAAUCAUAAAUAAUCGCAAAGAUUAAGGAGUGAAAUUCUAAAGCUUUGAUUUAAAUUUAAAGCUUUAGUUCAAUCUCGAAAAAUUUUAAUUCGAAACGUUUGACUUGUUUUUGGCUUGAUUCCUAAAAAAUUUAACAAUUCACCAUAAAACUCAAUUAAAAACCCAAAGACCAAAGGAAUACGUUGAGAAUGCAUUUGAAUUCAUUUUCCCCGAUUCUCAAAUUCUCGUGCGAAUUCCGGUCAAUAUUUUACUCUACUUUUAUAGGAAAAUGUUACACUGUAUAAAAAAUGAAAAAUAAAAAAACUCGAAAUAGACGAAAUCAUCCAUUGUAAAUAACACUUUGAAAUCAUGAUUCCGAUUGUUACUCAUAUAACAUCAUGAUGGCACACACUUUUUACGAGUCACUAACUACACUGGAUAUACUAAAAAAACAACUAUAUCAUUAAAUAUGAACAGCGACGUCAAAAUCAAUCAAAUUAUUCACUAACUAAAGACAAAAUAUUGAUGUGACAGCCCAAAAAACACCAAGUUAGUGGAAAAGCAUCGAAUAUAUUCUAGACUAUCUUCAGUUUAAUUUUCAAAAACCAAGCUUUCUUCUCUAAUAAUGACAUAGCCGUGGUCUAUUAUAGGAAUUCCCAUAUAAAUUUU